AUGCGCCCUCAAGAGCCCCCUGUCAUCGACUUUGGACCAUACUAUAGCUCAGAUCCGAAUGCGAGAAAUAUUCUCGUUGAACAACUUCGAAGCGCAUGCGAAGAAUUUGGUUUCUUUCAACUCAUCAAUCACAACAUCCCAUUCAGCCUGCAGCGGUCUAUUAUCGAUCAAAGCAAGGACUUCUUCAACCUCCCCAUUGAUACCAAAGAAAAAUACGCAAAAGAUAUUGGUGGUUUCAAUCGCGGAUACGAGCAUCUACGAGCACAAAACUUCGAAAAAUGGACCAAAGGCGACCUAAAAGAAGGAUUCUACCUCGGAAAACACCUCUCAGAGGAUAAUUCUCUUGUUAUUGCAAACAAAUUUGGCCAAGGACCUAACAAGUACCCUGUCGAACUUGAGGAUCCCCAGGCCUUUCGACAUGUCAUGGAUGAAUAUCAUACCGCUAUGAUAUCUCUCGCCGAGGACAUUCUCCGUGCUCUAGCCUGGACUCUAGAUCUGGAGGAUGAUUUCUUCAACUCUUUCUGUGAAGAUCCUGUUGCUACUCUCCGUCUUCUUCAUUAUCCACCUCAAGACCCAGCAACGACAGAUACAGAGCGUGGAAUCGGUGCCCACACUGACUUCGGCGCCGUAACAAUCCUCCUUCAAGACCAAACAGGCGGACUACAAGUCUGGAACAACAGUUCCACGGAAUGGGUCGACGUGACUCCUCUCCCGGGGGCAUACAUAGUCAAUCUAGGAAACCUGAUGAUGCGCUGGACAAACGAUCGCUACCUGUCGAAUUUGCAUCGAGUGAUUAAUAAAAGUGGAAAAGAGCGCUCCAGUGUUCCGUUUUUCUUUUCGGGGAAUCCGGAUUAUGUUGUGCAGUGUUUACCAGGCUGUCUGGGCUCUGGUGCUAAGUACCCGCCUAUUACGGUGCAUCAGUGGAUGACUGGGCGAUUUGCUGAUACUUAUGGUUCUGAUAAGGAGAAUGCGAUGGGAGAUUUGAGGGGGGACGUGGUUGCUGAGGCUAGAUCGUGA